GAAAGCAAUAAACUUUUCUUCUAAUAUUUCUCCUUCUUUUUUGAUUUCUAUCAAUGCCCUUAUAUUAAAUUCUGUCUAGACAAGAAUGACCUGCAAGACAAAUUGGGAACGGGAUAAUGAAAUGUGUAUUCAAUGGGGUCCUUCAGCAGCAUGACACCAUAUGCUUGAGCCUAUACAAGCGUGCAUAUCCCAAGUGGCCAGAACAUCGGUUCCCGCUUGAUGCUUGAUCAGGUAGGGGCCGGUCCUCAUCGAGACAGAAGACAUGCUUGUUCAUGAUGGGAAUGAAGCGCUGGUUCAUAUUUGUCUAUUCAACUUCCAUUGGUUGUUGUUGAUGGUUGUUGUUGUUGAUAGAUUACAUGCAAUUCAGUGAAGUAUAGCCUUUUUGCUUUCCAUUACCUUUAUUUUCUUAUUAUGGAGGAUAUAUAUAUAUGGAUGAGGAAUACGCAGCAAUGGAGCGCUCCUCUCGUUGAAGAAUCUAGUGGGAAGAAACAGAAAAAGAAAAGCCUGAUUUUUGU